UGGGAGGCAAUUGCGCAUGCGGGCGUGUGUCCCGGGACUCGGGAGCAGGCGAGCCCCGGGCCGCUCCGGUAGGUUGGGCGUGCGCGGGUUUCUGCGGCUCUGGGACGAGCUUGCACGUUACAUCACCAGUGCAUCUCUCCUUGCUUGGUUACGUUGCCACCACUUAGGCCUCCAUGGCAGAAAUCGCCGUAGACUCUUAAGGGCCUCGGAAUCGGGACGACCUUGGUGACUGAUUUGCACACUCCCGGCAGAUCUGCGUGCAGGAGUUGGACGCAGACGUGGGUUGUAGGAGGUUCCAUUUCCCCCAGCUUUGCAGCUACUGUGUGGCCGCGUUAGCGACUCAGAACGGUCAUCCCCAGCCUCGACUGGAAGCCGAGGGGCGAAAACUCAAAAGCAAUUACUCCUCUCUGGGGAGACUUCCAGAGGAGCAAGAAUAGCGACAUGGUUCCACCUGCAGCUCUCUAGAGAUUGGUCCCUCUGUCUUCCCUUCACGGUGGUGGCCUUUUAACGUUCCUGUGUUAAGUGCCAAAAUGAGCGACCGCUAUCUAGAACAAAGGAUUAGUAUCAAAUUUUGCGUGAAAUUGAACAAGUCUGCAAGCGAGACCCACCAUCUUUUAAAAGAAGCUUAUGGGGAUGAAGUCAUGUCAAGGGCCAGAGUUUUUGACUGGCAUAAAAGGUUUAAAGAAGGGCGGGAAGAUGUUCGCGAUGAUGCCCGAAGUGGUCGUCCAGUCACCCACCGGACUGAUGAAAAUAUCCAGAAGGUCAGGGACUUGGUUUGUUCAAACAGGCAGUUAACGGUGAGAAUGAUGGCUGAAGAGUUAAAUUUAGAUAAAGAAACCGUUAGACUCAUUCUGAAAGAAAACCUGAAUAUGAGGAAAGUUUCUGCAAAAGUUAUAGCGGAUAUUUUGAGGGAUGAGCCUAAACCUCGAAAACUUGACUUUCGGUCUGAUCUUUCAAAGGAAACUGGGAGAAAUAGCUCAUAUACGAGGAAAAAGGUGACAAGUUCUGAAACAUGGAGUCAUCUCCAGUGCGAAGCUGGUGGGGAAAUGCCUCUGCCUGUAUCUCAUCCCAAAAUCCACUGCCCUACCAGCCAGCUUCUGCAGGCUUCAUCUUCAACAAGCCUUCCCACCAGGGCAGCUCAGGAUUGGUUCACGCCGUGGUGAAAGGAAUGUGCGGUGGCUGACCCUGAGCUGGAGAGCCGCCUCCCCGUUAUGCACCUUCAUUUGCUGCUCAUCUGUUUUCCGUCUUCUCUGCCACUCCUCCCUACAUGUCAUGGCCCUCCUAGGUACUCUUUGCUGGACUAUUGGGUGAUCUUCUUUGCUGUUCUCCACAACUUGGAAGAGCUUUUGGCUGUUGAGUUCUGGUA